ACCUCGGGACCUAUUCACUGGGUCCAACUCGUACUUAUAUGUUCGCUGAACGUUGAGAGCAGACUCCAGCUUGAGUCCUCCCGACGUUCAUUGGUAUGCCUUUCUUCAAGUCGCGCCCCGCACCAGCCGGCUUCGGCGAGGGCAAGACUCUCCCUGAGGGUAGCGCAUGGCCAUGGUCGCGGCUCGUGUUCAGCUGGCUUGACCCCCUUCUCAAAGUUGGUUUCUCACGCCCUCUCCAAGAAAACGAUCUUUGGUCCCUUCCCGAUAAACUUACCACCGGAAGCAUCGCCGACCGCCUAGAGUACAACUUUUACGUGCGAUGUCCGCCCGAGCAGCGUCCGCUCGUUGUGCGGGAGCGCCAUCCCGCCCUCGCGUCCGGUGUCCCAACGGCGCAGGGUAAGGAGCGGGACGAGAAGACGCUGGCAGAGGUCUCAUCUGCGUCAGCAGAGGCGAAGGAGAGCGACAAACAGCCUCCGAAGAGCCCGUACGACGAGUCGCUCAUCAAGGCCAUCCAUCGCACCGUGCUGCUGCGGUGGUGGUUGGGCGGUCUUUUCAAGGUCCUGGGUGAUACCCUGCGCACGACCUCUCCGCUCAUCCAGAAGGUCAUGCUCGGAUGGCUCGCCGAGGCGUACUUGUUCGACCACCUCGACGCAGACGGCCGUGACUCCUAUUUCCCGAACGGUGCGCCGCGCGGCAUUGGUUACGGCAUAGGUCUCGCCUUCGCGCUGUUCGCCAUGCAGGAAGUCGCCAGCUUGUUCAACAAUCACUACCAGCAGCUGGUCAAGAGCGUCGGACUGAUCACCAGGACGGGCGUCAUCGGCAUGAUCUUGCGCAAGGCUCUACGUCUGUCUGGAAAAUCUCGCCAAGAGCACAAUGUCGGUCAGAUCACCACCAUGAUUUCGACGGACACGGAACGGUUGUACGAAUUCUGCCUGUAUGCACAUGAAGCCUGGGUCGCACCCAUCCAGGUUGCUAUCGGGAUCGGCCUGCUCAUCCACUUUCUCGGUGUCUCCGCCCUCGUCGGUCUCGGUGUCCUCAUCUUCGGCCUCCCCUUCCAGAUGAUCAUGGUCGCCGUCCUGUUCGCCCAGCGCAAGAAGGGUGUCGGCAUCACGGAUGGUCGUGUCCGCCUGACUAGUGAGGUCUUGCACGGUAUCCGCCUGGUCAAGGCCUACGUCCUGGAGGAGUUCUACAUGAACAAGAUCACCGACUUCCGCAGGAGAGAGCUGGCGACUAUCCGGCGUGCUUCGAUUGCCCAGGCGUUGCUCUUUGCGUCCGUGCACGUCGUUCCCGUAGCGGCUGCUAUUCUGUCAUUCGUUACAUACUCGCUCACUGGUCACGACCUCAAUGUCGCCAUCAUAUUCUCGUCCUUGUCGCUUUUCAACAUCAUCCAAGCGCCCCUGCUGCUGAUGCCGCUCGCUCUCGGCGGUCUCGCCACCGCCCUCGUUGCCACCGGCCGCCUGUCCAAGUUUUAUCUCGCAGAAGAGCUCGACGACCCGUACCUCAUCGACCCCGAGCGCAAGAACGCCGUCGACGUCGAUGGUGACUUUACUUGGGAGUCGACGGCCGAGGAAGGCAAGGCCGCUGACGCCAAACCUGACGAGAAGGCCGACAAGCCUGACGAGACGGCUGACAAGUCCUCGGCUGUGACAAAGACCGGUGAAGACGAGAAGGUGGCUGGCUCAUCCGCUGGCGAGAAGGGCAAGGAGCAGGAGGCGAAGGACGAGAAGCCCGCGGAGCCCGUCUUCCAGCUCGAGAACCUCAAGAUGUCGGUGCCGAAAGGCGCGUUCGUGGCUAUCGUCGGUCCUAUCGGUUCUGGGAAGAGCUCCAUCUUGCAGGCUCUCAUCGGCGAGAUGAGGCGCACUCGUGGCGAGGUCAUCUUUGGAGGGUCCGUGGCAUACGUCCCGCAGAAGCCGUGGAUUCAGUCGACCACCGUGCGUCAAAAUAUCGCUUUUGGUCUGGAGGAAAACGAGGCGAGACUUCGUGCUGCUAUCCGGGCCUGCUCUCUCGACCACGACAUUGAGAGGCUGCCUAUGGGCGAACGCACUGAGAUUGGCGAGAAUGGUGUCACGCUCAGUGGAGGACAGAAGGCUCGCAUUUCUCUGGCGCGUGCCGUGUACUCGAAUGCCGACGUUAUCCUGCUGGACGAUGUCUUCUCCGCCGUCGACAGCUAUGUUGGCAGGAAGUUGCUGGAUGAGUGUGUCGCCGGUGGCGCUCUGGCAGAUCGCACUCGUGUCCUCGUCACGCACGCUCUGUACGUCUUGGAUCGCGCAGACUACGUGUACGUCGUGGACGGUGGCAAGAUCGUCGAGCAGGGGACGUACCAGGAUCUCAUGUCGCAGGGUCAGACCUUCGCUCGCCUCGUAGAGGAGUACGGCGUCAAGAACGAGGACGCCGCAGUCUCGAAGGCUGAAGAUCGCAGCGAGACGGCCACUAUCGUCGAUGCUAAGGCCGUGGACGUGCCCCAGCAAGCUCUGAUGCAAGACGAAGAGCGUGCCGUCGGCUCCGUGUCGUGGCGCGUCUACCAGAAGUACAUUCGCUACGCGGGCGGUCUUACUUGGGUCCCUGCCAUCAUCUUGAUUACGGCUCUCGGUCAAUGCUCUCAAGUCGCCAACACUCUGUUCCUUUCCUUCUGGUCUUCGCAGUCUAUUGCCGGAUUCUCGAAUUCGACAUACAUGCUGGUUUACGGGAUGCUGGGUGUCGCCCAGGCCGUCUUUUCCUUCCUGCUCAACUUCGCUGUCGCCUGUAUCUGCUUGUUCGCAAGUUUGCGCAUCUUCCGUGCCGCUCUGCGAAGCGUCUUGCGCUCGUCCGUGGCUUUCUUCGACACUACGCCCAUGGGACGAAUCAUGUCUCGUCUGUCCAAGGAUCAAGACACGCUCGACGUGGCGCUCGCUACUUCCCUGGCGGUCCUGCUUUCUCUCUUCGGAAACCUCCUUGGCACCGUCGGCCUGGUGUUCUACAUCUUCCCCUACCUCGGCAUCAUCUUCGCGCCUCUGGGAAUACUGUACUACGUUGUCGCCCUGUACUACAGGAAGUCAUCUGUCGAGACCAAGCGCCUGGAUGCUAUCCUGCGCUCUUCGUUGUAUGCUUCGUACACAGAGGCUUUGACUGGUCUUCCUACGAUCAGGGCUUACGCGUCCCAGGAUCGCUUCAUCACGAAGUCUGAGCAAGGACAAGAUCGCCAGAACAAGGCCACUUACGUCUCCAUCUCGAUCCAGGCGUGGUUGACUGUCAGGCUGGACCUCUUCGGUAACAUCCUGAUUCUGGGUACGGGUCUCUUCGCGGCCGGCUUCCGUAAGUCAGUCGAUCCAGCGAAGAUCGGUGCUAUCAUCUCGUACUGCUUGCCCAUCACCACGACGCUCGACCAAAUCGUCACCCAAUACGCCGAGCUCGAACAGAACAUGAACGCCGUCGAGCGCAUCCUCAACUACUCGGAGCUGCCCGCUGAAGCCCCGCCCACCACGCCCGAGGACCCACCCGCGGACUGGCCAUCCCAAGGCCGCAUCGAGUUCAAGGACGUCGAGAUGGCCUAUCGCCCGGGUCUGCCGCUCGUCCUCAAGGGCGUUAGCUUCACUAUCGAGCCUGGCGAGAAGGUCGGCAUCGUUGGGCGAACCGGCGCGGGCAAGAGUACCGUCAUCCAGGCUCUCUUCAGGAUGACGGAGUUGCGUAGUGGCUCGAUCGAAGUUGACGGUUACGACACCUUCAAGGUCGGCCUGGACGUCCUUCGCAGCCGCAUGGCGCUCGUGCCGCAGGACUCUACUCUCUUCUUAGGAACUUUGCGCGAGAACCUCGAUCCUACUGGUACCCGUACCGACGCCGAGUUGCUUUCUGCCCUGCACUCCGUCCAUCUCGUGCACGAAGGCAACGCCGACGACCCCAAGUUCAGUCUCGACGCCGCUAUCGCUGAUGAAGGCUCCAACUACAGCGCCGGCGAGAAGCAGCUCCUCGCCCUCUGCCGCGCCCUCGUCAAGCAGUCGAAGGUCAUCGCGCUCGACGAGGCCACCGCGAACGUCGACGUCGACACGGACGCGAAGCUGCAGCGCACCAUCCGGACCGAGUUCAAGUCCAGGACGUUGCUGUGUAUCGCGCAUAGGUUGAACACUAUUGCCUACUACGACAAGAUCAUCGUCAUGGACGACGGCCGCGUCGCCGAGAUCGGCUCCGUGCUCGGCCUCUUCGACACCGAGGGCUCCAUCUUCCGCUCGCUGUGCAACGAGGCGAAGCUGUCGCGAGCGGAUAUCGAGAGGAUUCGGGGACAAGAGCCGAGUUGAGGCUGAGUGGACUCGAAAAUGUUUACGAGUUUUAUUUGAUCACUACCCCUCCAAGUCCCUGUCGUCACCCUUCAUAUCUACGACCAUCCUCCCAUAUCACCUCUCUGCAUCACCACCCCUCCAAAUGCACCCCCCGCCUCGCAUUGCUACCCUCGCAGCAUCAUACCCCAAAUCGAUCCGAGAUCCACCUCUCCUACGCUACCUUACUCACCACUUAGACUGACGACGUUCGUUACGCCUAUUUAGAUGCUAUGAUCGUUGAAGCUGUUGCUUGCAUCUUGAGGGGUGCGUUGCUUUGCAGGCCUGAUAGAACGCUGCUUUCCGAUGAGAUUGAGUUUAAGAUCGUGGGCUAUGGAGUAUACAAAGUACUCGCCUCGUCGAUACCGUGUUCUCGAAGUCGGUAU